UUUGCAGUUAAACUCAAAGUCCAGCUCCCAACACCAUGUCCUGCUGCAACACCUGCUCCACCAGCUUCUGUGGCUUCCCCAGCUGCUCUACUGGAGGGAACUGUGGAUCUAGCUGCUGCCAGGAGAGCUGUGGAACCGGCUGCUGCCAACAGGGAGGAUGUGGGACCGGCUGCUGCCAACAAGGUGGCUCUGGAGCCUGCUGUGGGCCCAACUGUGAGACCACCUGCAGGACCAGGUGUUAUCAACCUGAGUGCUGUGGAGUGAGCUGCCGCACCAGGUGGUGCCGCCCAGACUGCAGGGUGGAGGGCACUUGCCUGCCACCUUGCUGCGUGGUCAGCUGCACUCCCCCAUCUUGCUGCCAGCUCCACCACGCCCAGGCCUCUUGCUGCCGCCCAUCCUACUGUGGCCAGUCUUGCUGCCGUCCAGCCUGCUGCUGCUACUGCUGCCAGCCUACCUGCUGUGAGCCCACUUGCUGUGAACCCACCUGCUAAGAAUCCAGAUGCUGCCCCUUGGUGUGCCGAGGACAAGACAUCUCAAAUUUGCUUCUUAGAGAAUUGACGUUGGGCUACUAAUCAUUUGUGAAAUUUGUAUUUUGUGUCAAGCUAUCAUCCUCAUUCAUGCCUAUUUUUUUUGACUGACCAAAUUCUUUGUUCUUAGAAAAUUCUCUAGAUCUCAAACAUCAAGUGAAAUAUAUAAACUAAGGACUUCUAAAGGCCACGGAUGAGAAUCUGCUUGGACAACAUGCUAAAUUCUCACAUGACUGUUGUGUCACACAGCAGCAGAGUUUUUGUUCUGUUCUAAGUCUUCCCAAUGAUUAUCUUUUUCUUCUUUGAUUUCUCAGUGACAUCUGUGAUACAGUGUCCUCUGUGAGUAGCCUAAUAAAUUCUAUAAA